UGGUCGAGCCGGAGUCCAUCAUCGUGCAGCGGAAGCCGGCACGACAGCAAAACCGCCCUUGACACGCCGCCGUCUCCUCCGCCCCCUUCUGGUCAUUCCACUAGCUCCCUCCACUACCACCUCGCCCCCCUCCCUCACCGGCCGGCGACGAUUCCCCAACUCGGACCUGCCGUUCGGGUUUCUUGCUCAUUUCCGGAUGUGAUUAACGGAGAAUGCUGGACUUGAACAUUUGAUCCAUUGCUGCCAAGGCCCUCUUUUUCCUCUGCUGGUGGUAGCAAGGCUCCAUGGCUUUCGGAGAAGAGAGAUAUGUGAAAUUUCAGGACUGGAGGUCUGAGUAUUCUGUCAGUUCAGAGAGGGUAAUUUCAGAAGAAAGACAUAAUGCAUUUGACUCACUAAAGGAUAAGACUCUAGGAGCCUUGUCAUUCUUUGGGAACGUUUCGCAUUCUGAAAACCUGAACAGAUCAACUCCAGAGGAAAAGAAGGCAAAAGCAAGAGUUCUCGAUCCUCAAGGGCCAUUUUUGCAAAGAUGGAACAAGAUAUUUGUGAUAUCAUGUCUUAUUGCCGUUUCUGUGGACCCAUUAUUCUUCUAUAUCCCUUUGAUUGAUGGUGACAAAAACUGCCUGUAUCUGGACAGGAAGUUGGCAAGGGUAGCAAGUAUCCUGCGCUUUUUCACAGAUAUCUUCUAUUUGCUGCAUAUGAUAUUCCAGUUCAAAACAGGAUUUGUUGCCCCAUCUUCCAGAGUAUUUGGUCGAGGAGUCUUGGUCGAAGACACAUUUGCAAUAGCAAAGCGGUAUCUGUCAACAUAUUUCGUGAUUGAUUUUCUAGCUGUCCUACCCCUCCCUCAGGUAUUUGUAUUGAUAGUGCUCCCCAAUCUCCAAGGUUCAGAGGUUAUGAAGGCAAAGGAUGUAUUGAUGAUUAUAGUUACAUGUCAAUAUGUGCCUCGACUAGUCCGAAUAAUACCACUCUACCUUCAAAUCACGAGGUCGGCUGGUAUAAUUACAGAGACGGCAUGGGCUGGUGCUGCUUUUAACCUUUUAAUUUAUAUGCUCGCUAGUCAUGUAUUUGGAGCUGGUUGGUACCUUCUUUCCGUUAAGAGAGAAGACACCUGUUGGAGAGAUGAAUGUAACAAGAGAGGCCUAGGUUUUUCAUCUUUAUAUUGUGGGAGUACCACAGCUGGAGAGAAUGAUUUUUUAAGAGAUGUUUGUGCGACAAAUGGUGACGCUGACAUAGACCCAAUAUUUGGAAUUUACCAACCGGCUCUUACAACUGUUUCACAGUCGACGAGUUUCUUUGAGAAAUUUUUCUACUGCUUUUGGUGGGGUCUGCAAAGUCUAAGCUCUCUUGGUCAAAAUCUGAAAACAAGCACUUACACAUGGGAGAAUUUGUUUGCUGUUUUUGUCUCGAUAUCCGGUUUAGUCUUAUUCGCACUCCUUAUUGGUAAUGUGCAGACCUAUUUACAAUCAGCCUCUGUGCGUAUAGAAGAAAUGAGAGUGAAAAGGCGCGACACGGAGCAAUGGAUGGCACAUCGACUACUUCCCGAGAACCUCAAGGAGCGAAUACUGCGUCACGAACAAUACAGGUGGCAAGAAACAAGAGGAGUUGAUGAAGAGGGCCUUCUUAUGAAUCUUCCCAAGGAUCUUAGGAGAGAGAUAAAGCGACAUCUUUGUCUAUCACUUCUCAAGAAGGUUCCUAUGUUUGAAAACAUGGACGAGCAGCUCCUGGAUGCGAUGUGUGAUCGUCUAAAGCCCAUGCUGUACACUGAAGACAGCUGCAUAAUUCGAGAAGGAGACCCAGUGAAUGAAAUGCUAUUCGUCAUGAGAGGAUAUUUGGAGAGUACGACAACAAAUGGUGGGCAGAGUGGUUUCUUCAACUCCAAUGUUCUGAAAGGGGGAGACUUCUGCGGUGAAGAGCUCCUCACUUGGGCUCUUGACCCCGCUGCAGUUUCGAACCUUCCCAGCUCAACCAGGACAGUGAAGACGUUGUCUGAAGUGGAAGCCUUUGUUCUGAGGGCCGAUGACUUGAAGUUUGUGGCCACUCAGUUCAGGAAACUCCAUAGCAAACAACUCCAGCACACUUUUAGGUUCUACUCACAACAAUGGAGAACCUGGGCCGCUUGUUUCAUACAGGCAGCUUGGCACAGAUAUUGCAGAAAGAAGUUGGAAGAUGCUUUGUUUGAGAAGGAGAAGAGGUUGCAAGCAGCGAUCGUAAGCGACGACUCUACCAAGCUCAGUCUUGGCGCGGCACUGUAUGCCUCGCGUUUUGCUGGCAACAUGAUGCGGAUCCUACGGCGUAACGCCACCCGAAAGGCUCGUUUGCAGGAAAGAGUGCCUGCAAGGCUGCUACAGAAGCCGGCAGAACCCAACUUUUUUGCUGAAGGAGAGUAAUUUUUCUAAGACAGUCAUGGUCCAACCGGUAAAAGUUUGCUCCUGCACCCCAACUCACCAGUUGACUCAGAUUUAUGAUUGGAUGUUGUACAUAGAUAUCGCUUGGUUUAAAGCUUUGUGGUUUAUUUGAUGUAUAAUUCAAUGUGUAAUUGUUUUUGUUGUUGUCUGUACAUGUGCUAUCUUUGUAUACGGAAAAACGGGAUGCAUCUGUUAUAAGCGUUCCACACUGCAUUCGUACCACAUAUUUAGGAAAUGGGAAUUUGUGUAAAUGUGAAUGAUCA